GCUGUACUGUUUUCUGCAUGUGUAAUUAGAAGAUGAAGAAGAAGAAGAAGAAGAAGACUACUUGACUACAGAAAAGUUAUCUGAAAAGGCUUAAAUCUGGAGCUAUCUGCAUCGAUAGCUCAUAACGAAGGUUGUCAAGGCAAAAUGGGAAGGCAUUCAUGUUGUCUGAAGCAGAAGCUGAGGAAGGGACUGUGGUCGCCUGAAGAAGAUGAGAAGCUCUUCAAUCACAUCAUCAGAUUUGGUGUUGGUUGCUGGAGUUCAGUGCCUAAGCUAGCAGGGCUGCAGAGAUGUGGGAAGAGUUGCAGACUUAGAUGGAUUAACUAUCUGAGGCCAGACCUGAAGAGAGGAUCCUUCUCACAAGAGGAAGAGGAUCUGAUCAUUGGCCUCCAUGAAGUUUUAGGAAAUAGGUGGUCUCAGAUUGCUGCUCAGCUACCAGGGAGGACUGACAAUGAGAUCAAAAAUUUCUGGAACUCCUGCUUAAAGAAGAAACUUCGACAAAGAGGAAUCGAUCCGACCACACACAAACCACUAAAUGAGAUUGAAAGAGAGCAAGAGAAGAUCAAUUCAGAUAAUUCUGUUCAUGAAAAUUUACCAAUCAAACCCAUCUUCAAUCCAUUUCCAACAUUAGAAUUCAACCCAUCAGAAGACCAAACAGGAGCCAAUAUAAUCUUAUAUGAUCAGUUUCAUAGUUCAUUCAUUUCUGCUCCAGGAUUCUGCGAAUACAGCAACUUAAUGGAUGUUUCAGGGAAUUAUUCCUACGGAAGCAGCUCGAGUAACACUAGUAACUGGAACUGUAACAUUCGAAGUGAUAUGAAUAACUUGGUCUGCAAUGAGGCUCUGAAUUGGAGGUCUGAAAGCAAGCUGGAAACAAUAGUUGGAACUCAGUGGCCAUCACUGUCUCAGGAUCCUUCUGUAGCUUGUUUUGACGUUCCUCGAGGAGAAUUUGAUGCAGAUUUCCUUUGACAUAUUUGAAUUUCUGCUCCCUAUUGCCUUCUUUUUCUUCUUUUUUUCACAUUGUAGAACUCACGAAUAAUGUUCAUAUAGCUCCAUCAAAUUAUACACGAUAUCUAUAAAGUUGUCACUUAUUUAGUUCAUUUCAGUGUCUUGUCAUCACGCACACAGAGACUAAUAUAUUGUUUUCAUUAUUUUUUUU